UCGCGCCGCAGCCAGGCAGUCAGUUCGCCGCGCGGGACGCAGCUGUUCGUCGUCAAACACUGAAGCGCUCCAUCGGUUCCGAGCGCAUACACGCGGCGGUGCCGAAGUUGCAAGUCGGUGAAGCGGUCGCUGAAACUGUUUCGUUGAAAUCAUGUUGCGGGUGACAAAUGCAUCCCGUUCAAUCUUCGUGGGACCUAAGGUUCCUGGUCGCUUGAAGUCUACCUUAAGUGUCGGGAUUGAGACAAAAAAUGCUGAUGUCAGCCCCGAGUUGGGUUGGGACGAUGCUCUGCCCUACAGUGAUAUCCCCGGGCCAAAACCACUCCCAGUCGUCGGCAAUCUUCAUCGGUUUUUGCCGGGCGGUGAAUUCUACAAGAAAGACACCUCCGACCUAUUCAAAACUAUCAAUGAAACCUAUGGACCUGUCUCCAAGUUACCAGGAAUGUUCGGCAAACCUGACUUUGUCCUUGUGUACGACGCCGAUGAGGUAGCAAAGGUGUUCCGCAGCGAAGGGCCAUGGCCCGUUCGGAUGGGCGCGUACUGCUUGGACUACUACUUUCGCAACUUGAGGAAGGACUUCCCUCCCAGUCUAACUGUCGCCCAGGGCCAGGAGUGGCAGGAAUUCCGCUCAGCCGUGAACCAAGUCAUGAUGCAGCCGAGGAACACGAAGCAGUACGUCGAGCCGAUCGACAUGGUCACCCAGGAGUUCAUCGAUAGGAUGAGAGAAGUUCGUAACGACUCUCAGGAAAUGCCCCCGGAUUUCUCCCACGAGAUAGCCAAGUGGGCCUUGGAGUCCAUCACGUUCGUUGCCCUGGACACCCGACUAAAUCUGUUCAAGAACCUUGCUCCCGACUCCGAAGCGAGUAAGAUGAUAGAGGCAGUCCAUGCUGUCUUCGACGGCAUGUACGAACUUGACUUCAAGCCGUCCCCUUACAAAUUCAUCUCAACGCCAGCCUACCGACGAUUCGUCGCUUCAAUGGACUAUGUUACUCAGGUGUCUGCGAAGUACGUCAAUUUGGCUAUGGAGCGACUCAAGAAGGCUCCGACCAACGAGGAGCGGACUUUGAGUGUGCUGGAAAAUCUCCUCAUUCGAACCCAAGACCCGCAGAGGGCCGUGACCAUGGCCCUCGACAUGCUUCUUGCAGGCAUUGACACAACAGGGACCUCGGUAGCGACAGUCCUUUAUCAAUUGGCCAUUCAUCCCGAGAAGCAGGCCAAGUUGCAAGAAGAAUUAGACAGAGUGAUUCAAGACCCGACGAAGUCUCUGACUACGAAGCAGCUCGAAGAGAUGAGAUAUCUGCGCGCUUGCAUCAAGGAGACCAUGCGCCUCACGCCGAUUGUGAUAGGCAAUUUGCGAAGCACAAUCAAAGACAUGGUCAUUGGAGGAUACCAGGUGCCAAGUGGAAGUAUGAUCAGCAUGAACUCGCAGGCCAUAUCGACCAACGAGCUCUACUUCCCGAGGGCGAGUGAGUUCAUUCCGGAGCGCUGGCUUCCCGGCGCGGACGACAUCAAGGGCAAGCACCCCUUCGCCUUCCUGCCCUUCGGCUUCGGGCCGCGCAUGUGCGUCGGCCGUCGCUUCGCCGACCUGGAGAUCGAAACGGCUGUCGCGAAGGUGUUCCGGAACUUCUCCCUGGAAUGGAAUCGCCCUCCCGCCAAGACACAAUUCCGCAUCCUGUUCAGUUUCGUCGAUCCACUCACUUUCACUGUUAAGGAUAGGGUGUGACCGACUUAGGAACUACAAUUUCGGGAUGUCUCAAGGCACUGGGUGGGAGGCACAGCACACGCACUCCACCUGUGAGAUCUAUCGAACAUCACUAUAGGUUAAUUUUAAGAGGGACGUUUAGGCUAAGGCCCAAUUAGGAAUCGUAUGGCGGGCACUGUGAUCCAGUUUAUACAAACCAACUAUUAUUAAUUGAACAUAUUGUAAUAAAGCUGAAAAGAAACCGCUCA